CUGAAAUCGAAAAAAAAAAAAUCAAACAACCAAAAAGCUUGCUUACGAAGCUAAUACAAACCUGUUUGUUGAAUCGAAUCGCCAUGGAGGUUGAGAAACGGAUCUGAGUUUUUUUUUUCUCCUCUUCUCGCGACGAAAGACAGAAAAAAAAAGAGAUUUGGACUUAGCGAUGGGUUACGGAUUAGCGAUCUACGAAGGAACGGUGGUGAUCGCAUCACUGUGUCUCUUAGGCUGGGCAGGUCUAUGGUUCCUGAAUCGGAGACUAUACAAGGAAUACGAAGAGAAGCGAGCUUUGGUUCAGAUCAUUUUCAGCAUCGUAUUCGCCUUCUCUUGUAACUUGUUGCAGCUCGUUCUCUUCGAGAUCAUACCUGUGCUCUCUAGAGAGGCAAGGAUGGUAAAUUGGAAGGUGGAUCUCUUUUGUUUGAUACUUCUUCUCGUUUUCAUGUUGCCUUAUUACCAUUGUUAUUUGAUGCUUCGUAACUCUGGUGUAAGAAGGGAGCGUGCCUCUGCUGCGGCUUUCUUAUUCUUGACAGCAUUUCUUUAUGCUUUCUGGCGUAUGGGAGUUCAUUUUCCCAUGCCUUCAUCUGAUAAAGGUUUUUUUACCAUGCCUCAGCUGGUCAGUAGAAUUGGGGUCAUUGGUGUGACCUUAAUGGCUGUCUUAUCUGGAUUUGGAGCUGUUAAUUUGCCCUACAGCUAUAUUUCCCUCUUUAUUAGGGAGAUUGGAGAAGCAGAUAUAAUAUCUUUGGAAAGGCAGCUGAUGCAGUCAACUGAGACGUGCAUAGCAAAGAAGAAGAAGAUUAUUUUGUGUCAAUUGGAAGUGGAACGAAAUCUAGGAUCAGAAGAGAACCAAAAAGGUAGCUCUUUCUUUAGAAGAAUUGUUGGGACUGUUGUGCGAUCGGUUCAAGAUGACCAAAAGGAGCAAGAAAUAAAAAUACUGGAGGCGGAGGUGGAAGGCUUAGAAGAGCUGUCAAAGCAGUUAUUUUUAGAAAUAUAUGAGCUUCGCCAAGCAAAGGAUGCAGCUGCCUUCUCUAGAACUUGGAGGGGUCAUGUGCAGAACUUACUUGGUUAUGCAUGUUCCAUUUAUUGUGUGUAUAAAAUGCUGAAGUCACUACAAAGUGUCGUCUUCAAGGAGGCUGGUACAAAAGAUCCUGUUACAAUGAUGAUCAGCAUAUUCUUGCGGUGGUUUGAUAUAGGAGUAGAUGCUGCAUUGCUCUCACAGUAUAUUUCCCUGUUGUUUAUUGGGAUGUUGAUUGUGAUUUCUGUAAGGGGAUUCUUGACGAAUUUGAUGAAGUUUUUCUUUGCAGUGUCGAGAGUGGGAAGUGGGUCUUCAAGCAAUGUGGUGCUUUUCCUAUCUGAAAUCAUGGGGAUGUACUUUUUGUCUUCCAUCCUUCUUAUCAGAAAAAGCUUGAGAAAUGAGUACAGGGGAAUCAUAACGGAUGUAUUGGGUGGAGAUAUACAGUUUGAUUUCUAUCAUCGAUGGUUCGAUGCAAUUUUCGUGGCCAGCGCCUUUCUUUCUCUCCUGCUGCUUUCUGCACACUACACUUCACGGCAAUCUGAUAAGCACGCCAUCGAGUAAGUUUAGUAAGUUUUCCUUGGUGCUCUAUUGGCCUACACAAAGCUUGAAAUCAAGUUACCAUUAGUAAUGGUUGCAUAAUAUACCCGUGGCUAUUUGUUUAUUGUUGACACUUCUGAGAGAGAUUUAGCUAAUUAGUUCGAAACUCCAUACAUACACUCUUGUACCAUUAAGUAAUACAUACAUAUGGCCUUUAUCAUACUUAUAUUCUUUU